ACAAGCCUGGCAGUCCAAUCUUCAGAAGGAGUCCAGACAUGACAAAAUCACCAGUUACCAAAUCAGAGCAGCUGCUGAGAAUAGACGACCACGACUUCACUAUGAGACCAGCUUUCGGAGGGCCUCCUAUUCCAGUGGGUGUGGACGUCCAGGUGGAAAGUCUUGACACCAUAUCUGAAGUGGACAUGGACUUCACCAUGACCCUGUAUCUGAGGCACUACUGGAAGGACGAGCGUCUGGCGUUCCAGAGCACCAACAACCAGAGCCUGACCUUCGACAGCCGACUGGUGAAGAAGAUCUGGGUCCCCGACAUGUUCUUCGUCCACUCCAAGAGAUCCUUCAUCCAUGACACCACGACAGACAACGUCAUGCUCCGAGUCUAUCCUGAUGGCAAUGUCCUCUACAGCCUGAGGGUCACGGUGACUGCAAUGUGCAACAUGGACCUGAGUCGUUUCCCUUUGGACACACAGACAUGCUCCCUGGAGAUCGAAAGCUAUGCGUACACGGAUGACGACCUCAUGCUCUACUGGAAAAAGGGGAAUGAGUCGCUCAACACAGACGAUCGCAUCUCCCUGUCCCAGUUCCGCAUCCAGAAGUUCCACACCACCACAAAGCUCGCCUUCUACAGCAGCACAGGCUGGUACAAUCGUCUGUACAUCCACUUCACUUUGCGGCGGCACAUUUUCUUCUUCCUACUUCAGACGUAUUUCCCAGCGACACUGAUGGUUAUGCUGUCGUGGGUAUCCUUCUGGAUCGACCGCAGGGCAGUGCCUGCCAGGGUACCUUUAGGAAUAACGACUGUGCUGACCAUGUCCACCAUCAUCACUGGGGUCAACGCCUCCAUGCCUCGAGUGUCCUACAUCAAAGCUGUGGACAUAUACCUCUGGGUCAGCUUUGUGUUUGUAUUCCUUUCGGUGAUAGAGUACGCAGCGGUAAACUACCUCUCCACCGUACAAGAACGAAGAGAGAGAAAGCUCAGAGAUCGGCUGCCCUGUACGUGUGGCAUAGCCAAUCCGGACGACAUGAUGAUGAACCCGAGCUACAGCGACGUGGACCCCAGCAUGGACCCCACCAUGGACCCCAACACGGGGACCUACGGGAUGCCGGGGGAGAACGGCGGGCGCCAGGAGCGCAUCUUGGCCCAGUUCACCCUGGCAGACAAUCAGACCACCACUCAGCUGAAGGGCGCCAGGCCCUACAUCAACAUCUGGAUCGACACCCAUGCCAUAGACAAGUACUCGAGGGUGGUCUUCCCUGGUGCCUACACCCUCUUCAACAUCAUCUACUGGUCCAUCUACUCCUAGGCAGAGGAUAUGAGGAUUAUAUUUGUUUUUUUGUUAGAUUUUUGAACAAUACUUUGCACUUCAGGGACCAGGAAGUUCCACUGGGAGUUUUUUUCAGCAUUCCAUCCAUCUGAAGCUGAAUAUUAUUUAUUGCCUUCUUCUUUUUUCACUUCAAAAGAAGAUCUUCGAAAAAAAAAAACUAUGUGGAGUAAACUAAACUCUUUGAAGAGUUGAUUUUCUGAACUACUUUUUUUUGUUUCGAACCGAGAAGGCUUACCAUUUUGUGUACAUAAUAUUGGUACAAAAGGAAGGACAUAGAAGGACCUUGACAGAUGCAAAUGGCUGAUGGCUCAGGCUUGGAUUACAAAUGGCUGAGAUGUCAUUUGGCACUUUGCAAACAGUUGGUAAAGUUUCACUGAAAUAAUCCAUGUAAGCUGCUGCUGACUGACCUCUGACUGAAAGAGUGAAAGCCCAUUGGGAAACUCCAACUCCCAUUGUCAUUGUGACACAGCACUCCACAGCACACAAGUGAACACUGCACACUGCACACAACGAAAUUGCAUUUAUGCCUCACCCGUGCAAGGGGGCAGCCCUCAGUGGCGCCCCAUGGGGAGCAGUGCGGUGGGACGGUACCAUGCUCAGGGUACCUCAGUCAUGGAGGAGGAUAGGGGCGAGCACUGGUUGAUUACUCCCCCCACCAACCUGGCGGGUCGGGAGUCGAACCGGCAACCUCUGGGAUGCAAGUCUGAUGCCCUAACCGCUCACCCAUGACUGCCCGUUAUGACUGACGAUGACAUUCAUUUUUUGAAUGCUGAAGUAGCAUACAAACAUAACAGUACAAAAUGUUCUGUAAAACAAUUGUAAAGCUAACCAGUU